AUGAUAAGCUCAGAAUACGAGCUUCCGCCCCAGAAUUUGGGAAAUUUGGAUGCGGACCGACGCGUCACGUUUGUGAGAGCGAAAAAUGCGGAAGAAACGGUGGAGACGGGCAAUUCGGAUGAUAUUCUAAAAGGUUCGUGGCCUAGAAUUCGACAAAAGUGAGUUUAAGGCCAGUUUCCGAAAAGCUGACCUAGAAUUCCAAUUUAGUGGUCUGGAAUCCGACAAGACGGAUUUCUAGGCCAUUUUUCAAAAACCCGGGCAGAAAUUUUAGUUUAAAAGCUCGAAAACACAUUUAAGGCCUGUAAAUUCAAGACUUUACAUCGAAUUUUAAAAAAAACUCAUUCUUCAGCCCCCUCAAUCCCUUCCACCUCAAAUUCGGACCUUCGGAGCAUCAUUGGCACAUCCACCGCUAGAAACAGUGAAAAACCCGCGGAAGACACGAAAACUCGAGUGAAAAUCGAGGAGGACGACGAGAUAAUAAUAGUGGAUGAGGUGGAAAUCAAAAAAGAACCGGAACAUUCGCGGGGCAAGUGCGAAAUUCGCGAUUUGAACGCUUUUUUGAAAGCGGCAAAAGACGGGAGUUUGGAGGAAAUUGAACGACUUUUGAGAGAGAAGAGUGGGUUUUUUUCUGGGAAUUUCACGAACAUUUACAAAAAAGACGUUUCCAGAAGUGCCCAUAGACCUGCCGGAUUUCUACGGCUGGACAGCGACAAUGUGCGCGGCGGCCGAGGGAAAUUUCGAAAUUUGCCGUCUCUUGCUGGAAAAAGGGGCGGAGCCUGGAGUUCGGGACUCGCGUGGAAGAGGGAUUCUUGAUAUUGCACGAGAAAAAGGACAGAAUCGAUUUGUGAAACAGUUGAUGGAUUUUUAUUGUUCCAGGUGAGCAGCAUUGUUUUGUUUGAAAGUGAACUGUGUUGUAUACCAAUCGACGCAGAAUUUUGCGCUAAAUCAAGUUCAUUUUACAUUUUUCUGCAGGUCUUAAGUCAUUUUCCCAUUUUUUUGCAGCCACAUCCCUUCGACGAGCCGAGAACCCGAUCGAAUGUCAUUCUGCGACGCGUGCAACACGUUCUUCGGCGAAUCCGAGCUCACCGAGCACAUUUCGACGAUAACGCACCAGCUGAACGACGGAAAGUGGAAAGGAGCGGCGCCGCAGACGGGCAUCCAGUUGGGACCGUCCAACAUUGGAUAUCGAUUGAUGUGCGCCAGUGGAUGGACGGAGGAACAGGGUCUCGGACGGAAUUCCGACGGACACCGCUUUCCGGUGAGCAUUUUAGGCAUCCUAGGCGUGGUGUAUGUCAAUAGACGCAGAAUUUUAUUCUGAACAAUAAAUGCUGUUAGAGCUAUGCUCGAAAAUUGAUUUGUAAAAAGUUAGAGCCCGAAAACGAUGUUGGCCGAGAAAAACCCAGACCAUGUUGUAGAUUUGGCGGGGAAAGUCUCGAAAUAGGCGGAAAACUAGACUGCUCAACAUUUUUCCUUCCAGAUUCGAACAAUUCUGAAGCGGAACCGAACCGGACUGGGCCUCGAAAAUCCGCCGAAAAAAGUGACGCACUUCGGGCCGCGCGACCCGAAAGCCGUACAAAACGAGCGGAUUCAGAAGGCGCCGGUGACGAAGAAAAUGCUGGAAAAACAGAAAAAGCGAGAGGAUCGCAUCAAGAAACGACUCAGAGCCGAUUUUUCCGAUACGAGUGCUGUCUAUGAGUAUUUUCAGGGAAAAUAAACACGUGUUCUAUUUGUUGUGUACUUCUCGCGAUUUUUUACGGUUGUAAACACCGCUCUUAUCUUAUUUCUCUUGAUUAAAAAAAAUCUCAACUGAAACAUUGUUUUUUGUUAAGGAGAUGAACGAGUAUGGAUGUAACGUGUGCAACGACGAAUACUCGACCACGGUUCCCGGAAAAGCGCCGCGCGUGUUGACAGGUUUGUGGCCUACAAAAUGAAAAAUGGGAAAAGUUAGGCCACGGCCGGGGAAGAAGUGAAUUUUUUUCGAGAAUUUGCUCAAACGCAUUGAAAUUAGCGUAUUUUCCCGAUAAAGCUCCCGACAAAUGAGACAAAAUACAAUUUUUCAGGGUGCGGUCACACGAUCUGUCACAGUUGCGCCACGUCGAUCGCCGGCACCAGUUUCAUCCUCUACUGUCCAUUUGACCGAACGACGACGUCGAUUCCGCGAGGCGACGUGCAGAAUCUCAAAAAGAACUUUGCCCUUCUGGAGCUGCUCGAGAAGAUCGCCGACGGAACCGUUGUCGAAAGGACCGCCGACUCGCCGCGCUCGGACCGCUACGCGCGCGAACGUAUUCUAAAUGUGGAGUGCGACGAGCACGCCGAACACGUGGCAGUCAUCUAUUGCACCGUGUGUGACAGUAACCUCUGCGAGCGGUGCUCCGAAACGUCGCAUUCGACGAACGUUCUCUCGCGGCACCGACGAAUCCCGCUGAGCGAAAAGCCGCCGCCGCAAGUGCACUGCAAACUGCACUCCUCCUACGUCGUCGAGUUCUUCUGCAAAGAGGUGUCGUGCGACAACGAGAGCGCGCUGAUGUGUUUGAUGUGCAGGGACUACGGACGGCACAAGGGACACGCGCACGUGCUCAUCGAGAAGGAGGUCGAGGAGCUGAGGGAGAAAGUGCGCGAGCAUCUGGGCGAGCUGACGAAGAAGGCCGAGACGGUCGACAAUUCGCUGCUGCUCAUCAACGGCUCGAUUCAUGAUCUGACACCCGGUGAACAGGACGGAACACUCGAGGAUACCAGACAAGGGGUACGGAUCUAGAGGGGGUUAUAUAGGUCAGCUAGCGGCUUCUCGACGUUUCGCAACUAACUUGAAGUACUUGGCGAUAAUUAGCGCUGUGAAAGCUCGUUUCGAGAAGUCGGGGGAGGCGAAAACGCUUGUCAACGCGACAAGCACAAAGCUAGAUGUGGGGCAUAUUCUGAGAAACAAAAAUUUCUUUAAAAAAAACAGAAAUAAGAACUCGUUUUCCAGGUGCGCAACCACUUCCGCCGUCUCCGCUCCGCCCUGGAUCGCGACGAAUCGACCGCCAUAGAUACCCUGGACAGUUACGCGCAGAAUCGCGUCGAGACCCUUUCCAAUCUAAAAGAACGGCUCGAAGCGCACUCGAUAAAGAUCGGAGCGACGUGUGUGGCAUUGCAAAGGGCGCUGAUCAUGGAGAAGGGGAAGAUUCUCGACCGGAAGGACGAUCUGCUGGCGCUGGCCGAAUCGACGGUCGCCGAGCCGAUGGGCGUGCCCGAUUCGUCGCAGCUGACCACCCGGAUCGCCUUCUCGUUCGCCCCCCGACCGCAAAUUGCACAUUGGCGACUUCAUCGAAGCGCGCGUCGUGCUUUUUGGGUCAGUUUGACGGACAGUCGGAGGAUUCUAGGCCAUGAAAACAUUCGUGCAAAUAUAUCAUCAAUCAACUCCCGGUUCUCUAGGUCUUGACGGCGCCGGCAAAACGAGCAUUGUGCGGCGGCUCAAAAAAGUGGCGAUCGACGCGGUGAUGGCGCCGUACCCGACGAUCGGCUUCAACAUCGAAACGAUUCACUACAAAAACUACCGCUUCAACUUUUGGGACGUGGGCGGUCUGCCGAAACUCCGACACCUCUGGAAGCACUAUUAUACGAACACGCAGGGUGAGCGCGCAAAAUGCCCGGCCAACAUUGGCAAAUUUCGCGAUUUUCAGCAAUUUUCUACGUGAUCGACGGACACGCGGUGGAGCGAUUCACGGAGGCGAUCAGAGAGCUGAACAAAGUGAUGAGCGACCCACUCGUCGGCACUUGUCCCGUUUUUGUGGCCAUCAACCGGAAAGAGUUCGUUUUUAAGAGAAUCGUGUCUGGUUAGCGUUUGAGAUCAAAAAGUGUCAUAAUCAUCUUAAUUCUGAACCCAGAAGUACCGCCUGUCCAAGUUUGAUCCCAAUCCGAUCAUUUUCCGCCGAGAUACACCCACACAAAGUGCGGAUAUCACAGAUUUCCUUACAGCGGCUCCACACUAAACGGUCACAUGGACGCGCUGCUCUCCCAACUCGACGCCCUUCCGUUCCAACAUAACUUCCACUUUUGCGACGCCUCCACCGGAUCCGGAAUCGACCAGAUCAUUGAUCAGAUUUCGGACUCGUUGAGCCGAUUGAACGGAUCUUGUCCGGUCUGA